UAAUUCUCACCAACUUCACGGACCAGCAGCUUGUCCAAAGUUCGCAGGAUGUCUUUUUUCCAGAAAUUGUUCCAGCAUGUUACUGAUGACAAGGGUUUUAAAGGUACUACUGUUGAGACAGGAUACUUUGGGACAGUGAAGGCUGAUCCAAACUUUAAUGCCCAGAACGAUGCUGAAAAAUUAAAGAAAGCCAUUGAGACCAAAGGUGUGGAUGAAGCCGCUAUUAUAGAGGUGAUUGCAAAGAGGAGCAAUGCACAAAGACAGCAGAUCAAAGCGGCUUAUCAGCAGAGUGCAGGAAAAUCUCUGGCAGAUGAACUGAAAAAGGCUCUAAAGUCACAUCUUGAGGAUGUGGUCCUGGCCUUGCUGAUGACACCCCCUGAGUAUGAUGCUUUUGAGAUGAGAAAAGCCAUGAAGGGUCUUGGGACAAAAGAAAAUGUCCUGAGUGAAAUUCUGGGGACAAGGACAAACAAGGAGAUUACAGCUAUGAAGAUUAGUUUCAAAGAAGUCUAUAGAGAGACGCUGGAGGAAGAUAUUAAACAUGACGUUAGUGGGAAUCUUGAAACUGUCUUGCUUUCCCUUUGCAAGGCUACCAGAAAUGAAGAUCGUAAAAUUGAUGAUGGACUGGCUAAGAGUGAUGCAAAGGCUCUGUUUGAGGCAGGAAAGAAUCGGAUCGGUACAGUUUGCUCAGUACUGAUUGACAUCCUCACAAGCAGGAGUGAAGCUCAGCUGUGCAAAAUUUUUCAAUAUUAUGGCCAAUUCAGCAAAGAUGGUUUGGCCAAAGAUCUUCAGAGCGAGCUGAGUGGACACUUUGAAGACUGCAUGAUGACGCUGGUGAAGGCUGCUUGGAAUAAACCUGCCUACUUUGCAGAAAAGCUUCAACAUGCUAUGAAGGGUUUUGGAACCAACGAUGACACACUGAUCAGAAUUAUCGUGAGCCGUUCAGAAAUCGACCUGCUGAAAAUCAUGCAAGAGUACAAGAGGAUGUACGGCAAAACCCUUCAGGAGGCCGUUCAGAAUGAAACAAAAGGAGAUUAUCAGAAGAUCCUGCUGGUGCUCUGUGGCUCUCAGUGAACAACAAUCUUCAUUCAGCCAAAUAAACACAUCAUUUAAACAUGUCUGAUAUAUUCAUGACCAUUGUAAACACUUAAUCUCUUCUAGGUGUGGCUCUUGAGGAAUUUUACAUUAAAUCAUCAGUUGUGCAA